GAAAUUUGCAUAUUUCACGCGUGAAACGAUUGUAUAUAAGUUCAUAUUCUUUUUGCAGCUAUUAUAGGAGGUCUACAAAUGUCCGAACACCACCACGUUAUUUUCAAACUGUCGUUUUCUACCCUGAAACAGUUCAUUACUCACAGCCAACUAAUUGCACAUGCAGCUUGUUCCAAGCUGGAGGCUGUCGCAUGUUCAUUUUCUCGCGCAAUCGGGGUCGCCCCACGUCCAUAAUUAAUUUGUAUCUAUCUAUAUCACAUACUAGUUGAUAAUGACCGCUGUACCUCCAAUACCUUACAGUCCUAAAAAAGAACCCAAAGUCGAAUUUAUUCCAUUUGAUGGAUUGAAGUUCAAGACGGUCUUUUGGGAACAUACUGGUACCUAUAAGGGUAGAAUUCUUUUCGUGCACGGCUUUUCAGAGGACUCCCUCAUAUAUACUGAAUUUUUUGACAGAUUGUCCGACUUGGGAUUUGACAUCUUUUUCUUCGACCAAAGAGGAGCCGGAGAAACCUCUGAUACCAAGGAUAUCGGAAAGACCAAUGAAGCUCAUACUUUCAACGAUUUGGACUUCAUGAUCAAAAAGAACCUUGAAAUCACCCCCCACAAAGAUGACAAAUUGAUUUUGAUGGGCCAUUCCAUGGGAGGAGGAAUCAUAUUGAACUAUGGUAUCAGAGGAAAGUAUAAGGAAUACGUCAAAACCAUCAUUGCCACUGCACCAGAGGUGUUACUUCAUCCUUCGACAUCUCCCAACUUUAUAUUGAAAGGAUUUGGAACUUUUGCCAGCAAGUAUCUCCCUAAUGUAAGAAUCGAUGCAGGAUUGAACUACGAUUAUAUCACGUCUAACGAAAAGUGGAUCAAGUACAUUAAAGGACAUAACAAGAAGUUUUGGAUCACUGGACCUUUAUUCAUGGGUAUGUUAGAAAGAGGUGAAGCUUUGACUAAAAGCCAUUAUGUGGCCAAAUUUGACCCCGAUAUCUCUUUGUUGGUGUUCCACAGUAAGAAUGAUCACGUUAACUGGUAUGAGGGUACCAAAAAGUUUUAUGAUUUAUUGAAUGAUAACGUGCACAAGGAAUUGGUGUCCUUCGAUGAUGCUCAACACAGUCUUUGUAUUGAAGUGGACAAGUAUGUUGAUCAAUUAUUAGAGAAGAUUGUAGAAUUCACAUCAAAGUAAAUGCUUGUGUGCUUAAGGUGUGUUCAUAUAGUUUGAUGUUUAUUUAAAUUGAUGUUUCCCUCUAAGUGCAUACAUUAACCCGAAGUGGCUGCGACAGUUCUUCC